CGCGCACAGGGGACACUCGCGCACACUGCAGUCUGCAGCUAGCCCGUAUCGCCAAUCGCCAUGCUCGCCUACCUCCUCCACGCCCCAGCCACCGCCGUCGCCGUCGCCGCGGCGCCCUGUGCCUCCUAUCUCCGCUCACUCCCGCCGGCGAAGACCCCGUUCCUCCCCUCGCUCCCGCGCCCGGUCUCGCCGAGGCGCGCCGCCGCCGCUUUCGCCUUCUCCCCCGCCGCCGCGGCGGCCCCCAUCGCGGCGUCGCUGCUCCAGGGCCCCGUGCUGGUCUGGGCCGGCCGGCUCUGCAUCUACUACGCGCUCCUCCACGUCGGGCUUGCCGGCUCUCCGCGCAAUCCCUUCCUGUCCCACGAGAUCGGCGGCGAGGACGGCGCCGGGGACAGCGACCUAGGGUUCUCCAAAUGGGCCGAGAAGCUCCGUGGCGGCGCCUCAGGUGAAAAAGAUGCUCAGCAUAAGGGAAAGCUAACUAGCAAAUGGAAGCCGACCACCAAAGGCACACUGAAAAGAACUUACAGAGUACGAUCAACGGAUGAAGGAAGGCGGGUCCUCAAGGAGAUCGCUUCAGUUCUGUCCCAAGAUGACCAUUUUGUGGAUGCCUCGUCUCACAAGGGUUGCCAAGUUAGGAGGGAAAGUGCUCAUGGCGAAAGUGUUUGCUGCUACAACGUGAGAGCGUUGUUCGAUGAGCUUCCAACUCCUCACCUGCUUCUGGAGAUUACACCUUUCCCUGCUGGACAACUUACCGACAACGACUACCGAAAGGCGGAGAGGCUUGAGAUGGUGCUGAGGCUCAGCGCUUCUAUUUAAAAAACUGGGGACUGGUUUUUCAAUUUCCCCUAGUACUUUCUUUGCCCAAGUUGUAAAUUGUCUUCCUGUGGGCCUGUAAAUUGACGCAGUUGGCUAAGAACUACUUGCAAAACACAAGUUCUGGUUGAUUAAUUUGAGCUUAAGAACCUGAUAUGAU